ACGCGAAACCUAACUAACACUCAAGAAAUGGCGGAGAAGUUUGGAGUAGCAGCAGUAGCAGAAGAGAGCUCUAACUCCAGGGUUCCACACCAUACGACAGCGAAGCUCGUCGUUUUGGCCGACCUCAACGUUGAUCCUCCCGAAGCCGACGACGACGACUCUUCCCUUGUACCUCCUCCAUCGAUUGCAACUUUGGCGAAUGAUGAAAGUGGUCAAGAUAAGAGUUUGUUGUCCAAAGACACUGAUAGCAUUGAAGGUGAAAGUAAAAAGUUGAACAAACUGGGCAGAUGUCGUUCCAGACUUAGCAAGACAGAGUCUUCUCUUGAUUGUGGAGCUGAUGCAGAUGGUGAUCAACAUGUUCAAGGACCUCCUUCAUCUCGGGAGGAAAAAGUUAGCAGUGUGAAGACUGGCUUGGUUCAUGUUGCAAAGAAGAUGCCCAAAAAUGCUCAUGCUCAUUUUAUACUUGGCCUAAUGUACCAAAGAUUAAGCCAGCCUCAAAAGGCUGUGUUGGCUUAUGAGAAGGCAGAACAGAUCUUGCUCAGGCCUGAGGCUGAGAUUGAUAGGCCAGAGUUGCUUUCGUUAGUUCAGAUUCACCAUGCACAGUGCCUGUUACUAGAAAGUUCAUCAGAAAAUAGUUCUGAUAAAGAACUUGAGCCUCAUGAACUUGAGGAGAUUCUGUCUAAGCUGAAAGAGUCAGUGCAGUCAGAUGUUAGACAGACAGCUGUAUGGAACACACUGGGUUUUAUCCUUCUUAAAACUGGUCGCGUGCAGAGUGCUAUCUCAGUUUUGUCAUCAUUGUUGUCCAUUGCACCAGAGAACUAUGAUUGCCUAGGAAAUCUUGGGAUAGCUUAUCUUCAAAUUGGGAAUUUGGAAUUAUCUGCAAAAUGUUUCCAGCAAUUGAUUUUAAAAGAUCAAAAUCAUCCUGCAGCUUUGGUCAACUAUGCUGCCCUUCUCUUGGGUAAAUAUGCUUCAGUUGUGGCAGGUCCGGGUGCAAGUGCCUCUGAAGGUGCCAUGGCUGAUCAGAUCAUGGCUGCAAAAGUUGCCAAGGAAUGUUUGUUGGCUGCAAUUAAAGCAGAUAGCAAAUCAGCCCAUCUAUGGGCAAAUCUUGCCUAUGCAUUUUCUAUUAGUGGUGAUCAUCGAAGUUCCAGCAAGUGCUUGGAGAAGGCUGCCAAACUGGAGCCCAAUUGCAUGUCUACUCGAUAUGCUGUUGCUAUCCAUCGAAUAAAGGAGGCAGAAAGAUCACAAGAUCGCAGUGAACUGCUUUCAUGUGCUGGAAACGAAAUGGCUUCCAUAAUAAGAGAUGGUGAUUCAUCCCUGGUCGAGAUUCCAAUAGCAUGGGCUGGGCUUGCCAUGGUUCACAAGGCUCAGCAUGAGAUAGUGGCAGCAUAUGAAAGUGAAAAGCACGGGUUGAGAGAGGUUGAAGAGCGUGCUCUUUGCAGUUUAAAGCAGGCUAUAGCAGAAGAUCCAAAUGAUGCGGUGCAGUGGCAUCAACUCGGCGUUCAUAGUCUCUGUGCUCGGCAAUUCAAAACAUCACAAAAGUACUUCAAAGCUGCUGUUGCCUGUGACAGGGAUUGCAGCUAUGCGUGGUCUAACCUAGGUGUCUCACUUCAACUAUCAGAGGAACCAUCACAAGCUGAAGAAGUAUACAAGAAAGCAUUGUCUUUGGCAACAACUGAACAAGCGCAUGCUAUAUUAUCCAAUUUGGGAAUUCUGUACCGCCAUCAGAAACAAUAUCAACGUGCGAAGGCCAUGUUUACGAAGUCACUUGAACUUCAGUCUGGGUAUGCUCCUGCAUUCAACAAUCUGGGUCUUGUGUUUGUUGCUGAGGGUCUUUUGGAAGAAGCCAAGUAUUGUUUCAACAAAGCUCUCCAAUCAGAUCCACUGCUAGAUGCAGCUAAAUCUAAUAUGAUUAAGGCGGUUGUCAUGUCAAAGUUAUGCAAAGGCCUCACCUCAUGCGCUCUUAAAGAGUGAUAUUGUCUCCCUCAAGCAUUUAUUAAAAUGGAUAAAAGAGAAAUGUACUUGUAUCAUUAGUGCUUUCAGAAUAGCAAUUGAGUAAAUAGUUUCAUUUUCUUCUAG